AUGACCACUUUCAGUACCACCUACGAAAAACGAAAAAAUAUUACCUUGGUUCGGCAUCGCCUCGCUACUAGGAAGCCUGGCGAAACAUUAGCGGAGUAUUCGAGAUCUCUUGCCAUACUUGCUCGUGAAUGUUAUUUCAAAGCUUUUACUGCUAAUGAACAUCAAAACAAAACCGUAUGUGGUACGUUCAUUGCCGGAAUAUUGUCACAGAAAAUAAGAGAAAGGCUGCUAGAAAAAUCUACUGUGUCUCUGGAAGAAACAUUGAAUCUGGAUAUAGCUUUAGAAACUGCUGAAAAUACUUCACAUUUACAGUACCACACACAAUUACAGUAUCAUCUCCAUCAACGUCUGCUGUUCCUGUUAACGCAAUCUCUGAAACUCAAACACCGUAACCACAGCUCAACUUGGCAGCAACAAAAACUCAAAAUUUUCAACACAGUCGGCCUACGCAAAGUGACCACCGAUGCUUUUUCUGCGGUGGUAAUAUUCAUCAAAGGAUCAAGUAUCGCUAAUAAUGCCCAAUGUCAACUUUGCUCCAAAAAAGGACAUUUUGCAACCGUUUACCGGAGUUCAAGACCAGGUCAACGGACCGUAAAUGUUAUUACCAUGGACGAUAACGACGUUACUCAACCUCAAGUUACUGAUUCUCAUUUUUUAAUGACAUCUGCUGCUGCCCCAUCAAGCCUACGCAAAGUUAUCAUUCCUAUCACAUUGAAUAACUAUCAAGCAGAUGCGCUACUCGACACCGAAAGUUCAAUCAGCUUUAUCAAUAAGAAUACUGCUCUAACCAUGAACCUUAAACGAAAGCCCUGUCGACAAGCGAUAGCUUUAGCAUUUCUUAACAAUAUAUCAUAUGUCGAGGAACUAUGCUACGCUACAAUUCAGAUUGGUGAACAUAUAUACCAGCAUCAACCUCUGCUCAUUUUUGGCGAUCUGUGUGCUGACGUUGUCAUUAGGCAUGAUAUAUUAGGAAAACACUCAUCAUUUGAACUUCAGUUCGGGGGAGACAAAAGGCCCUUGAAAGCUUGCAAUGUACUGGAAGCAUCUGUCCCAAUGGAGACUUCCAUUGGGACCACUGACGAAUCUUCCUACCCCAUCCAGCUACUUUGA